AUGACAAACUUCUCCGAUCUCGGUCGACUCCUGAGACUCUUGACACGGCUGAAGUCCUGCAUCAGGUACGCUCAGAGAGAAACCUUCAAUAGCGAGAUUAAUUUCUUAAAACAGAUGCAACUAGACGGAAGAUCAAACCCUCUACCGAAAGGUCCGCUAAGAUCGCUUAGCCCCCUUGUUUAUCCGAGUGGAGUUCUGAGAGUUGGAGGCCGAGUCGAGCACUCCUCGUUACCUUAUCAUGUAAAACACCCUCCAAUUUUGGACGAAGCUUGUCAUCUCGCCGAACUCAUAAUUGUAUGGGCUCACGCCCGCUCUCUUCACGUAGGCUUUCGUUCAACGUACUCCUACGUACUUCAGCGGGCAUGGGUCAACGGAGGAAAGUGCAGAAUCCGGCAUUUUAUAUUAAAAUGUGUUGUCUGUGUUCGAAACCGAUCGUCUCCUCUGACGCAGUUGAUGGCGAAUCUACCCCCAGGACGAGUCACGCCCUCUCGAGCCUUAGCUCGAACAGGAGUCGAGUAUGCUUGGCCAUUUCAUGUAUUGCCUAAAAAAGGCCGAGGAGUACGCACCACAAAGAUCUACGUUGCCGCCUUUGUCUGCAUGGCUUUGAAGAACAUUCAUCUCGAGCCAGUUGGAGAUUUCUCGACCGAGAGUCUUAUGGACGCUGUGACACGUUUCAUCGGCGUCACAUUUCGGGGGAUUGUGGGAGGCCGCUGUGUCGUCAUUCAAGACUCAUCUGAAGAAGACAGUCGGAUCAAAAAAUCUCACCUACGAAGAAUUUACAGCUCUAUUGGUAAGCAUCGAGCUAGUGCUUAA